AUGUUGAGACAAAUUGCUAAAUCUAUUCCACUCAGAUCAGUCACUGGACCAUCAUUAACCAGAACUUACAUUGCUGGUCAAUUUACCGGUCAAAAAAAGGAAAAUGGUAACUACACUGUCACUUUGAUUGAAGGUGAUGGUAUUGGUCCAGAAAUCUCACAAGCAGUUAAAGACAUCUAUGCUGCUGCCAAUGUACCAAUUGAAUGGGAACCAGUUGACGUUACUCCAUUGUUGAUUGACGGAAAAACUACUUUACCACAAGAUGCUGUUGAUUCAGUAAAUAGAAACUUGGUUGCUUUGAAAGGUCCUUUGGCCACACCAGUUGGUAAAGGUCACACAUCAAUGAACUUGACUUUGAGAAGAACUUUCAAUUUGUUUGCCAACGUUAGACCAUGUAAAUCUAUUGUUGGUUACGACACUCCAUACAAGAACGUUGAUACUGUCUUGAUUAGAGAAAACACUGAGGGUGAAUAUUCUGGUAUUGAACACACUAUUGUUCCUGGUGUUGUUCAAUCUAUCAAAUUGAUCACUAAACCUGCAUCUGAAAAAGUUAUAAGAUAUGCUUUUGAAUACGCCAAAUCAAUCAACAAACCACACGUUCUUGUCGUUCACAAGGCUUCCAUUAUGAAAUUAUCAGAUGGUUUGUUUGUCAACACUGCUAAAGAAGUUGCUCAAGAAUACCCAGAUGUUAAAUUGGGAUUUGAAUUGUUGGACAACACUUCAUUGAGAUUGACUCAAGAUCCAGGCUUGUACAAGGAUGUUGUUAUGGUUAUGCCAAACUUGUAUGGUGAUAUUAUGUCUGAUUUGUCGUCUGGUUUGAUUGGUGGAUUGGGUUUGACCCCAUCCGGAAAUAUGGGUAACACUGUUUCCAUUUUUGAAGCUGUCCACGGUUCUGCUCCAGAUAUUGCUGGUAAAGGAUUGGCUAACCCAACUGCUUUAUUAUUGUCAUCAUGUAUGAUGUUGAGACACAUGUCUUUGAACAAUGAAGCUGACAAGAUUGAAUCUGCUGUGUUGAAGACCAUUGCUUCUGGUCCAGAAAACAGAACCGGUGACUUGAAAGGUACUGCUACUACCCAACGUUUCACUGAAGAAGUUAUCAAAAACUUGUAA